AUGGUCAUUACCGCAGCCAUGCUCUAUCUCUACUGGAAGAUAUUCAAGCGGACCAAGGUGGUAGAUGCCAUAGAUGUGGACCUGGUUUGGGAAGGACCUCUGAUCGACGCCUACGAGAAUGGGUUAACCACCACGCCCAGCGGAUUCUGGAGAGAGCUGUGGGGACUGCUGGGUUGGAAGGCUGAAAAGGAGAAGCUAACAGUGGACGAUCGAUAA